AUGAUAGACACCAGAUACAAGGCUUACUCUGAACAGGAAAGGUAAUCAUUCCAAUAACUAUUAUAUGUGAUAUAUUUCAAAGCUGUUUGGCUUCUGUCAAGACAUGUUAGAAGAGAAUGUUUUGUCUCCAUAUAAUGAAUGGUUUUCUUUAUACAUGUGACCUUUUUGUCCUAGUGUGUCCUUCAGGAUCUGUGUCUUUAUUGAGACUUCUAUAAAAUAAUUAUGGGCUCCCAGCUCAUUUGAUUUUAACUACUUUUCUACUCUGGUGAAAGAUUUACUACUGCUAACUCUAGCACUUUCUAGAAGCAAAUUAUCUAGUUCUUCACAAAUAAUAAUAAAAAAGCUACAACAGAAGUAUAAAACUGAAUCCAUAAAUAAACAUUUGUUGAUCCAAUCUACUGUAAGUUAUUACCACCUGAUGGUAGACAAGCUGAAGAUGCAGAAGAGAGGAACUAGAUCGGCAUCCUGUUUGCUAACAAGUGCUAUUCAGCCUCAGCACUAUAGGAAAAGAUUGUAGCUCAGUGACAAAACAUCUGCUUUACAUACAAAAGGUCUUAUGUUAAGGUUAAAAUUGUGGCACCCCCAGUAAAGCUGUGAGUGAUCUCUGUCUGAAAUUCGAGAGAGCUGCUGACAGUGUCGAAAAUACCAAGCUAGAUGGACCAGUGUUCUGUCUCAGGAUAAGGCUGCUUCCUUAUAGGAAUUUAUGUUGUUGCUAUAUUUCCACUAGAUCAUCACCACACAGCCCAGAGUGGAGGAUUUUUAGUGUCAUGUGACAAUAUAGGACUUGCAUGGUUGCCAAGGGAAAGGAAGGGAACAGAACAAAAGCCACUCCAUGCCUGAUGACAGCCAUGUCCAAUAUUGCCCACUUUGGGAGUUGAGAGUAACCAAAAAGGCAAAGGAGGUGUGGAACUCCCUCUGUGGGAGGGCUGAGCCCCCCAGUGCUCCUGUCAGGCUUUGGGGAAAUGGAUUCCUCCCUCCCUUUGGCCGUGGAUGAGCAGAACAAAGUGAAUAUUAGUCUUACCAGUUAAAGAGAUAUUUAAUAUUCACAGUGAAGGAACAAAGACUCUAUUCUCAGAGGAAAGGUGCUCCUAAUUAAGGUUUCCACCCACUCCCCCCCCGAGCCACUCCCAUCACUUCCUUGUCUGGUAACCUGAUCUCACAACCAUUUGCUCUUCUGUGUCUUUGGACUGGGCGCUGGGACACUUUCCAGUGAAAGGGAGUCUGUUAAUUCUCUCUCUCCCUGUUCUUCUUCUCCUUAGCUGUUCCCCACUCAGUUCUGCCCGGCUGUUGUAUUCCAAACUAUGUCACUCUGCAAACCACUGCUCCAAAUCUAUAACUGUUCCAUUGCUCCUGAGCAGUUGCAGGAUUCUGGUCAGGAGCAGGGGGAGGGGGAGGCCCCCACCAUUCCUCAACAGAGUAGCUCUCCUCAGCCUGGUCUCUGACAGCUCCUAUCUCUGAUAAAAAUGAAAUUUGGCCAAGGAUUAUGGAAGGUUAAAGGGCAACCCAACCUCUUACUGCAUGCUGCCUGUCACCUGCAUCUACAUAUGCAGAGGCUCAUGGGAGGGCAACAUGUGCUCAACGUUACACACAAGGGAGAGACCAUAUUGGACACUUGUUUUCAAUUUCACAAGGCUUCAUCCUUUUUCCUGUGCAGGUUUGAAUUUAUCAUGAGAAACUACAGGGAACUGUCAACUUUCACUGCUUCCUUUAUAAUGUGUUGGGCAAUUGGUCCCUCUAGCGCAGUAUUAUCUGCACUAACUGGCAACAUCUCUCCAAGAUUUCAGAGGCAGGUCUCUCCCAGCACGGACAAAUACAAGGCAAAUUUAAAUUGCAUAGAAAGCAAAGCUAGCCAUUACUGUCUCUACCAGCUUGAGAAUGCAAGUCAGUUGCUGUUUUUUGAUUCCUGUGUGAGCCAGAUAUAAUCCAUCAUAGCUAAAUAUAAGGGCCUAAUGUUCUCCCUUGAAAGGGCCUUCAAAAAUUGACCGCACAUAGGUAUACAAUUAUUUUAAUGUAAAAGGCAGUACCUUUUGUAUCACCCCCGAAUACACUGCAUAUUUGUGCUUUAUGAAAGCAUGACGGAGAAGGCAAAUAACCAUUUUUGGUUAUUUUUUAUAAAGAAAAGGAACUGUGGUGAAGUACCAUAUAAUUGGGUACGUCAUUAAAAUCUGUACAGUUAUUGAAUAUGUGUAUUUCAACAGAGCUUAUUUUCUUAAAGCUUUAAGUUUAAACCUCUCAAUUCAAUGUUCCUGGUGUGCUAACUUUGAUGAGCCCAUAAAACUUCUUUCUCAUUCCCUGGGGUUUCUUGUUACAUCUCACAAUUUAAGAUUGGAACAAUGAACAACUUAGAGAACCAACAACUUAGAGAACCAAUAAUUGAUAGAUUUGUCAAUCAUGAAAAGGGGGAAAAGGCCACAGCUCCAAAUGGCUUAAUUGAGGUUUUUGUUUUGUCUUUUAAACUAAAGGUUGAGUAUCAGAGGUGGACAUCCUAGAGCCCCAGAAGAUGCCAAAACAAGCAUUUAUGUGGUGCUGGUUCUGUCUCAGUGGAUAACUGUCAUUAUAUGGAAGCAAUUUGCUUGGAUACAGUGAGAAAGUUUGGCUUUAGGUAAAUUGUUGGACAAGGUUCAUCACUUCACUGAGAUAUAUGCACUAGAAAUAAAAUUAGCAACUCUGGAGCACUUAAUAAGACUGGAUAGCAUCCAAAUAGCUACUCUAAAUAUUCCCAUGGAAUUGUAUGUACCCAGCUGGAUUCUUUGAGCAGCAGGCACUCGUGCUAUAUUGCAAGCUAUUCCUGAAACUGUUGGUGGCAAGGAAAAAUAGGUGUAUAAAAGAGAAUUCCUGGAUGCAAAGACCCAAGUUGGGCAAGUACUCUUUGGUGAGAGAACCCCAACAGAGAUUUAAAUGUAGAGAUUGAAAUUAAAGUGUGGAGACAUAGACCUUUAAAAUAUGCCCUUCUAAGUUCCUUCAAAAGUUUCCCUCUUCCCUUAGCAUAGUAAAAGUCCACACAUUUGAUAAGUUAGAAAUAGUUUACUUACAAAUUCUCCAAAGGUCAAAUUCAUGUGCUUUUCCAUACAGUAUUCAGAAAAGGUUGCACAGACAGUAAAAUUUGGCUUUAGCUUCAGUGGUGAGUUCCUAAAUUAUUGGUAUGGGAACACAUGCAACUGUAAGAGCCGUGAAGUGUGAUCUGCAUCAACAAGCUCAAAACCUCUUUACACAUUGAGCUUCUUUGGUAGACAGUGGUUGGAUCAAAGAAGCAUUUCAGUUAAAUGUGUUGUAAACUUUGUAUAAGAAAUCAUAUUGGCAAAAACGGAAUUCCACAGCACCAUGUGGUGUCACAGUGUUAUAAUGCAUAUACUACACAUAUAAAGCGCUUUUUCUUCACCAGUGUAGCUGACUCCUGGGAGGAGAACAAAGGCUUGAUUACCAAGUCCUUCCCAAGGUGAGCUAAGCCUGGCAGGACAGCUUACUCUAUGGUCUUAACCCAUUCAUUCAUUAAUUAGACUUAAGCAUGUUGGUUUUAUCUGGCUGGUUAUCCCACAGAAAUUACUUUGCUCAAAUGCCAUUUAAUUAUGUACGAUGGAAGGCUAACCUUAGAGAAUCAAUAGAUUCAAAUAACUUCCAAUGUGAAACUGCCACCUAUGCAUGGAAGCCUCUGGUAUGUUAAGAGAGUAUUGCUGUCCCCCUGGCACUCCAUAGAUAUUGGAAUACGUGUAGCAAUACCUCCCCUGUUCUGCACUUUGGUAGCAUCAAGGCCUCCAAGAUACUUAGAGAGUGGUGGAAUUACUGCCUGCUCUGUGUGGCAGAGAUUCAGAGGCUGCACUAGCCCUCUCUAUUCAUACCCAAAGAGGUUUGUGGUAUGUAUUUCAGAUUCUAAGUCUAUGUCAGGCUUUUGACAGACUUGAAUUUAUAUAUUUAGUAGUAAAAGGUAAAGGACCCCUGGACGUUUAAGUCCAGUCAAAGGCGACUAUGGGGUUGCGGAGCUCAUCUCGCUUUCACACCGAGGGAGCAGGCGUUUGUCCACAGACAGUUUCCUGGGUCAUGUGGCCAGCAUGACUAAACCACUUCUGGUGCAAUGAAACACCGUGAUUAGUGCCAGAGUGCACGGAAACACUGUUUACCUUCCCGCCUCAGCAGUACCUAUUUAUCUACUUGCAUUGGCGUGCUUUCGAACUGCUAGGUUGGCAGUAGGUGGGACAGAGCAACAGGAGCUCACCCCGUCGUGGGGAUUCAAACCGCCGACCUUCCAAUCGGCAAGCCCAAGAGGCUCAGUGGUUUAGACCACAGCACCACCCAUGUCCCUAUAUUUAGGAGUGCAACACAGUGGUCCCAUUUUCCCAUGCCUUAUCCUUAAAGAACAGUUCAGGAAAGUACAUGGCAGCAGGUUGACAAGAAACUGGGAGGUGAAGUUUUGUAUCUACCCUUUCAACUAUAAGAAAUAGAUUCUAAUAAUGCUCAAAGAGAGCUCUAUUCAUAACCAAUCAUCACAUUCUCAGAAUAGUCUUCCUACUUCUUCACCCCUUCCCCUUUCCCCUCAACUACUGGAUGCUGUUAAAGACACACUGCUUAAAACUCAAGGUUAACAGAAUACAACACAAAACAAGAGUGACUUUGUGCACCAAGUUGAUACAAUUUUCUGAUAUUCUUGUGGCCACCACUCCCUACAUCCUUGCGGUGAAGGAAUGUUGUACACCAGGGAAAGUGAAAACUAUGGGUGGGUGGGGUGGCAUGGGUAGGGAACCAGGUAUCUCAAAACACAUUGAAGAAACACUUGCUGAAACCUGCUUGCCGUGUUGAAGUGGGAGCCUGAGAGAUAGACAUCAGAUUAAUUCUUUAUUUAAAAUUAGAUUUUGCUAUCAGCAACUUAUUAUAAUACACUUGGAAAUGUUAAUUAAUAAAAAGUGCAUUUCUAUUAGCAAAUUUGUUUUUUCCCUUUACCAAACACUAUAGCUUGCAAAGUGAAUGCAUUAGGAUUCAUAAAUACCACUGACUUCAUGCAUCUUAACUGUACUAAUGGAAAAACAUUAAUAAUUGUCAUCUGCAUUACUAAGAUACCCAGUUAAUCCAUUUGCAUAAAUUCUGCCUCAGAGUGUUAGACAUUUGUAAAUCAUUUGCCAAGUAAUUUCAAAUUAAUGCACCAUUCAGUUGAUUUAUGAAUGCAAAAUAACAUUAAAACUUAAAAUAACUAUUUUAAUCAGUCCUUUUGAAGGAAAAAAGGCAAAUAAAGCAUAAACUCAACCAGUAUAUAUAAUCUAGAUUUCCCAGUCACAAGUGGGCAUGUGGUGAUUGGAACAGCUCAUACUUUGUGAGAUCCCUGAACUACAAAUGAUAUCUCUUGUAUUUCCCGUAUGGGGAAAAUGCAGAAGUGUGACUCUUGCUUUUCUUUCUUUCUUUCUUUCUUUCUUUCUUUCUUUCUUUCUUUCUUUCUUUCUUUUUGAACAAUGCAUGGAUUCCAAGAAGCAUAUUUGACCAGCAAUGGAAGUUAUUCAGUUGGUGAUUUUCCUAAUAAGACUGGGCAGAUGUCUGCUAUUGAUGGUUUAGGUUCAAGACAUUCCAGUGCAGAGCAUACUGUUAGCUUAGGUGACUAAUUGAAUCACUUGCCUAUAAUACCUUAUUAAAGGAGGCAAGUGUUCUUCAGCAAUCUGCUGGGUUGUUGUAUCACAGGUAUCACAAAGUAAAUGACAGUAGAAUCCUGACUGUUGGAGGUUUCUGGCUCUGCUAUCUGUUAGUUCCUAGGAAUUUUAAAGGUACAUUGUGAUGAUUCAGAUGGUAGAUGGAUCAUAGUGGUAUCUUUGCUGAUGUUUCCUUUGAUUGUUACAUUUUCUCUCAAACGUUAAUGUAUAUUUCUUUGCAGAUGGACUCUCGUGAUUAUUGUGGUAGAAGUCAUAUUCAUCACGUUAAGUGAGUUAUGGAAAACGUCUCUCAGUUCCAUUAAAUGUAUAGAUUAAUAUGGGCAGUCUAUAUGUGCAAAUACAUAUUUAAAUGAGAUAGAUCACUAUAAACCAUGUGCAAAGGGUAGAGAGGAUGUGAAACUAUUGAGUUGUAGAUGAUGUGCAUUUGUCCUCCCAACUCUGGCAGUAUCACACCUCUUUAAACAGCCGUAGCUUCCCUCAAAUAAUCCUGGGAUCUGUAGUUUAAAGCUGAUGAGAGUUGUUAAGCAAGAAACAUUUCCCCCCAACAGCUGCAAUGACAGAAUUCUCUGGGAAGAGGAAUUGACUGUUAAACCACUCUGAUAAUUGUAGCUCUGUGAGAGAAAUAUGGGUGUCCUAACAACUCCCAUGCUCUUAAUAUUCUGCAAUUCCUAGGAUUUUGGGGGUAGUCAGGACUGAUUCUCCUUUAAAUGUCUAGUUCUGAUGGGGUCUUAGUAUCUUGGCUACUGUAAUGGCUUCCAGAACCCAAUUUUGUUGUCUGUUAGUCUGCAAACCACAGGGAUAUAAUUGAAAAGUAAUUUAACUAUAAAUGCCAUGUUAAAUCAAACUGUCUCCUUUAGUUUCUGACCUGGCUACAAAGGGACUUAUCCUUUUGAUGGACUGCCAUGGGCAUUGGAUUAAGUCUCUGUGAUGACAAAAACCGACUUCAUCAGGUUUAGUGAAUGUUCUAGUUCUGGAAAAAAAUAUGCUCAGAGCAUUUCAGAUCUUAGAUUUGAGAAAUUUCAUCUAUGUCUGUUAACUAUAUUCAAAUUAACUCGGCCCACGUGGUUUUGUUUUCACAUAUGCAACAUUCCCUUCCUUUGAAGAAAUAUGAAAGUUAAUCAAUGUAUAUUGGUUUCCUACAGUGAUUUAAUCAAGUGGAAAAAAUGCUCUUAGCUUGCCAGAAUUUGAAGAGGCAGAAGCUGCCUUUUUGCCCAUUACGUUUUAAAUUCACAAUGCUGUAAAAAUGAUUCAAAAUGAGAGCUAUUUAGUCUGUUGAAGUUUAUCCAUUUUAAUACAUCAUUUCCUUCUAAUUGCUUCUUGAUUACAUUUCUGCAUUUGCUUCAACAAGCUUGCCCAUUAGGCCAUUUCAAAAGUGUAUGGUUUUUUUUAAAAGUGCUUCUUAAAUAUCAUUUUUGUAUUAGUUGCUUUCAUAUUUUAAAAUAUUUCACCACUCUUGCAGCUUCAGUUUUCUCACUGAGUCAAAAUUAAAAUAUUUAGGUUCACAUGUAUUUUUCAUUUCAGUGUUAAUCUAGCUACAUUUUACGCUUUCAUCAAGUCUAUGAAAUAUAUUUGAAAAUCAAGUCUGCCCUUACCACAGAGAGCCAAGGCAGAUGCCUAGGGCAGACACAUUAUAAAGAAUGCUAGCUUUGGUCUUCAAAUGUUUGAUCAUUUGUCUGAAUUUCUAAAUGUUUGGCUCUAUAAAGUCAAAUGUAUGUUGUUUGUCAGGAGGCCUUCCAUCUAAAAAAGGAGAAAGAAAUUAAAUAAAAAGUACAUUUUUCAGACAAAGUAACUGAUCUACUAAAAUGGUGUUUCUCCAAUUUCUACACUGUUUGGAAAUUGCUAACAAAUUAUACCAUGGAAGUUACCGUGUUUUAAAUUUCAGUUGGCUGUUAACUGUUAAUAACUUGUGGGAAAAAGUAUUUAUUUUUUUCAUUCGUGAAUUCAUUUUGUGUGUGCAUCAGAAAGCCAGACUGUGCUUACUGCAUUUAUAAUCAUCAAAAAGCCCAUUGCUCAGGUACAACACAUGUUUUUUGCAUGCAACAGUUUCCACGUUCAGUCCCUAGCAUCUCUAGGUAGGCCUGGGAAUGUCUUCUGUUUAAAACCCUGGAAAAUCUGGGUUGUAUCCAAUAAGAUUUUCUUAGCAUAGACAUGUUUAAUUUAAUGGAUCUAAGUUAAUUUCAUAUAACCCUGUCAUAAUACAUUUGCAAAUGGGUGGUGAUGGUGGCAGGAUUGAGUUUUACAGGGGGGAAGUAGAAGAGGUGAGCACCACUCCUGUCUACCGCUUUUGUCCUUCGUAUUUUUCUUCCUCACUGUUUUGGAUUAGGGAAGUAGAUGCCCAUAUCUGCUGCUGAUAAUUUUGUUCCAUUCCAAAUAGAUAUUCACAGGAAAAUGUUGAAGGGUCUAAGACUGCCAUCACUGUUGUUAUUUCCUAACCUUUGUGACUUGCUAUAUAUAGCAAUACAUGGGCUUUCAUCUAUGUUUUGUAAAGAUGGCUUGUUUUGCAAUGUGCAGUAUUUGUGUUUUUACUGUUUCAAUUUGUUCUUGACAUACAGCAUUCUGACCUUUUGUACUAUUAUCUAAGAGGAGCUUCACAAUUUUGUCAAGUGACUAAUCUUAUUCUUUCACCUCAAGCGAAUAAAUAACUACUGGUGACAUUUGCUAUUUUCGGACAAGCAUUUUAAUCCCACAAGUAUCUAACACACACACGCAUAUGUAUAUAUGUUAUGUGAUACUGUUGGAUAAAGAUUUUCUUGUAAUAGAACCAUAAUUUAUUAUUCAUGCUGUAUCGUAAAGAGAAUUCAAGUUUCCAUGGGCAAAUUUAGGAUGUACAGUGGUACCUCGGGUUACAAACACCUUGGGUUACAAACUCUUCAGGUUACAGACUCUGCUAACCUGGAAGUAGUACCUCGGGUUAAGAACUUUACCUCAGGAUGGGAACGGAAAUCGUGCAGUGGGGGCACACUGGCAGCGGGAGGUCCCAUUAGUUAGUGGUACCUCAGGUUAAGAAUGGUUUCAGGUUAAGAACAGACCUCCAGAACGAAUUAAGUUCGUAACAAGAGGUAUCACUGUAUGUCCAGACUUUUUGUAGGCAAGUGAAAUGUUCACCAUAUGGAGGGCUCCUCCAGAUUACCAAACAUUCAUCCUGAAUUCUGCCUUUUAUGAUCUAGUUGAGAUUCCUUCAUUGCAGGCGGUUGGACUAGAUGACCAUUGGUGUGUCCCACCAAACUCUACAAUUCUAUGAAUAUCCUGCACAAAGUCUUUAUUGGGCAUUUGUUUGUGGGGAGGUUAUAUGAGGAGAUGAAUGAGCAUAAGCAUUCAUCCUGAUUUGACAGAUCCAGUACAUUUGUGUGCAUCAUUGUCAUCUUUGUUGUUUUAACAAGGUAUAAGUUAGGGAUGGGCCCAGCAUACAUUUUAUUCAGCUCACUUGGGCAAAGCUCACAUUUAAAGAUGAAUCUAGCCAAUUUACCCUUUUCUGCCUGUACCAAUAUAUGAACUGAAGCACAGUCAUCCUUCAAAACUUACAUUUCUCUGAAUUUUGCAGUUCAAUUCUCCAGCCCACUAGUGUGUGCAAGAAUGCAGAGUAUAUAAACAGUGCAUGAAAGGCACAUAUUAGUGAAAGUUUGUGUACAUUAGGAAAAUUUGCACGUUGUGUAUAUUAGGAGAAAAAUGUGUACUAAAAUGCUGAUAAAUUUUCACGAGGACUUUUAAAAAAAGAAUUCACAAAUUGGCAUGGGAGUCUGGUAAAUGAGAGACUGAGAGUCAGAUUCAACUACUGAGCUCUUGUAGCAGAAGCCAGCUCAAAGACUUCUGCUAAUGCAAAAUGGGACUUUGCUCACUCCUCCUUCUGUGCCCCCUGCACUGCCCUCAAAUCUGGAGAAUCAGGAGAUUUCCCCAAAACAGUGUGCAAGGAGGGGAGAAAUGCUUGUGCUACUACUUAGCACUACAUUUAAUUAUACCCUUAGAGAAACUGAAAUUGAUGCAUUUGCCUAUCCAUCUAUAAUACCCUUCUUGAUAAAUAUUAGUUCUUGGAAAUAAACUUGUAAUGCAACUGUAUAUGAAAGGUUGACACGUAAUGCAAAUACAGAGUGACUUCAUAGCCAAGAGAUUCACUCUAAAAAUAUAUAGCCAACCAUACAUACCAGCUUUAAAAUUGAAAAUGGUCUCUUAUUGACCAGCAAAGCCUAGGGUUAAGCAAGUUUGCAGAAUCGUAGCUCUCAGAUAUAAUAUAGAGCAGCUUGCAAACUGUGAAUGCGUAGAAGUGAAACUACUUUAUUGAUUUUCAUUAUCCUAGUUGAAAGAAAAGUCAAAGAUAAACAAAGUAUGGUGAGUGACAGAUACAUUAGUGUGUGUGUGUGUGUGUGUGUGUGUGUGUGUGUGUUGCCUUCUCACUUCUAUCUUAUGAAACAAAGAUACCAGUACAGGAUCACAAAGCUUCUUUGAAAAGCAAGGAAGAGAAACCAAACCUCAACAUCUUUUCUGAGGUACUUGAAAUUCAAGAAUUAAGCAAUUAAAGCCAGGACUGUGCAAGCAUAUUUGUGUCAUUGUACAAUGUUUUUCAUAACAUGUGAACAGAGUGGAAGAAAAACUGAAAUGUUUCUCCUGCUGGUGACAUUAGGUACAAUGGAAUGAAAAAAUAAACUGGCGUUGACUACUGUCAUGAUGUCAGUAACUAAAUGAUUUGAUUUGACAAUUGUAAGUAUGUAAUCUCUGACAGGUACACCCUCAUUUCACUGCCAGGGCACUAAGUACUAUAAUAAACAUGUCACCUGACAUCAGGUUAUUACUGAUUGAAGACAACCCUUUGUGUGUAUUCUUAACCAUUCUCAUUUAGUGAAACCUUUCUUCCUUUAUCCAUUUUUAUGUACAGUCUAUAAUGAACAAACAGUCAGCAAUGGAGUGUUAAGAGCUAUUCCUGUUGCUUUGCAAAAAACCACAGAACAAACUUUCCUCGUUUUGUUUUGUUUUUUUUCUUAAAAAGAGGGAAAAGAAGGGCACCUGAAUUAAUAACAAGAAGGACAAAAUCAGUUCAUUUUGUUCAUACAUACAUACAGUCAUGGGCAACUGGAUACAAAUAAGCAUAUCUUGAGAACAGAAAAUUUGAGGGAAAUGAGUCUGCCUCAAAUGGACUUAGUUUUGGUUUGUGGAUACAUAUUUGUUCUGUGGUACCUGGGAAGAUUUUUCAGGGGGUGUAGGAUCAUUUGGCUUUUCCCUUUCUGUGGGCAGAGAGAGGUUGUCCCUAAGAGAGGUAAACCCAACAUAACAAGCCUCCUUUGUGAGGCUAUAGAAAGGUCAACCUUGGCGAGAGCAAAAAGGAGGCAUAUGAUCUAGUCCAUGGGACUGUGCCAGGCUUGAAGUAUUUAAAACUGGGCUAGUCCAUCUGGCUCCAAUUUUAAACAGCUGAUGUUAGCCCUAAAUGAUUUAUAAUUAUUAAUUAUUAUUAUUAAUUGUCCACCUUUCACUCUACAGGUCACCAGGUGUUUAAAAACUGAAACAGUUUAAAACAACUUAUAAGAAAGUGGGUCCUAAAAUUAUACACUUCAGGUGUAAUGACAAGGUUGGGACCAUUCCAUUCUACCUACCAAUCCUCUUCAGAGACAUGUCCUACUCCAUGUGCCACCACCAAGUCAAGUGAAACCUUUGUUUGUAGACAAAUGGUGGCACCUACAUUACUGAUGUAAAUAAUGAAUGAAUGGAUGAAUGUGUUAAGUUUGGUGGUGAUAGUGAUUCCAAAAGUGGGUUAUGGAACCAGAGAGGGAACAUGCUUUGGGGUAUAGAGUGAAACAUCAACAUAGGCAUACAAAGGGAAGGCAAAGCAUAUGAUUUGUGAUUGAAGGUUCCCAUCGCUGCACAAUUUGUGUUACCCUGAUUGCUGUCUUGUUAAUUCCAAACUUACUUACAGUAUCAAUAUGCAAAUGUGAUUUUCCUUGAGUUUGCUUGGUAAUGUAAUAUUAAUAAUGCAAGUCCUGUAAAGUUAUUUAUAAUCUGCUUUACAUUUCCCCCCAUUAGAAGCUAACUUUCAUAUGCAACACUUGUGUGGCAUGACAGAACUGAAACAAAUGAUAUGCGUUUGACUUCUGCUCAGCUUGACAGUAAAAAGUGGUGUUUCAAUUAGAUGUAGCCUAGGCAUCAGGGGCAUACUACUGCAGCAAUAUUACACUGUCAGAAAAGAAGAAUGAUUUGCUUAGAACUGAAAACGUUUAUUUUCGGUUUGUCUCUCCAGUCUUCUAAGCACAAAGAAUAGUUGAGGCUUUUAAUGUACAUAUGAAGCUAUAGGAAACAUUUACUUGUACACAGUAUGGGCAGGGGAAAAAAACAUUUUUAAUGUGUGGUACGUCGGAGGGGGGUAACCGUUUUUUGUCCAAGGGCUAAAUUCACCAUUUGCCACUUCUCAGCAGUGAAUGUGGUCACCACACACAGUCAUAUGCACAUACCCAGUGCAUACAUAUCCCCUCCACAAAAAAUUAACAUCAAUAACAGCAACAAUACUCCCCACAAAAAAACCCUAAGCCAGAGCUUUCCAAACUGUGUUGUGGCAUGUUAGUGUGUUGACUGUAGUGUGUAGGUGUGUCACGUGAAUGCUUCCUGCACUCCUCCUGGGGCUGGAAAGGGGUUAGUUUAAUAUCUGGUUUGCUAGUAAAACUGAAAUACUGUGUCACGAAAUGAUGCAUGUCUAAAAAGCGUGUCACCAACAUGGAAAGUCUGGAAAGCUCUGCCCUAAGCAAUACCCCAGGACAAAAGUCUGUUUAACAGCCUUAGCUUUUGUAGCUAGAAUCAGUCAGGCCCUGCCCUCCCAGGUCAGAUGGGAAAAGGCCUGGAAAGCAGGGAGUGUGUCCUUCAAGGCUCACAGCCAAGAUGGUGGCUGGUGGGAGUUGUAGUCCAAAACUAAUACUCAUCCUCAACAGGAAUAUUGGCUUCAUGACUCAACAAGGAACAAUUUGUUCUUUGUUACCCUUCCCAUUUGUUCUCUUUCUCCAUUUGCUUGUCACAUUUUCCUAAGUCUUCCUUUCUCCUCCCCCGUAUGUCACCAUCAGUGUCAACAAAUAGGUUGCAAGCUCCUUGGAGCUUACCUGAUUUCACUCUGUAAAGCACUCUGUAUACUGAUAGCGUAACAACAAAAGCAACUUGAAUAGCUCAUGUUGGGUAGGCACUGAAGCCAUCUGUGCAACAAAGGCACCAGGAAUCAGUCUUACAAUCUGUGUAUGCUGGGGAGGUGAUGAAAAUAAUUGAGAAUAACAACUUGGGGAAAGUGAGACAUGCUACUGACAGAUGUGAAGGGACCUUGAAUUUCUUCCCAGCACAACCAAUGAAUUGCUAGUGGAUUUAACCAUAUGUUAGUUUAGCACUGGGUCAUAUUUGCUGAGACACACUGAAUUUAGCUGAUUUGCUCUAGAAUGAAAGUAACUUCAUAUGUCCCUUCUACUCCCACAAAAGAGCUGUCUGGUCUUUGACCGCAAUAAUAAUGACUGAUUGAUUGAUUGAUUAAUUGAUUUCCCACAAGAGAGUUCUGGGGUCAAGUGGGGGUCUGAAUUUUGAACUAUCUCACCUGAGAAUGACCCACAAGACAUUCCAGUUAGUUGCACCUGCCUCCUUGAUGUUAGCCAACUAUUUGGAGUAACUGGACCAUGCCUUCCAGGUUUAUGAAGUGGUCUGUACCUCAUCUUCCAGCUUCUUGUAUUGAAAGAGGAUAAAUGCUAAGAGUAGGAUUUUUUAGCUGUCUGAAAGAUGUAUGAUACCUGGCUUACAAACAUUUAUUUUGCCACUUUCCCAGUAAGAUGACUCAUGCAUUCUCCAUGUAGGCAUUUAAAAUAAGGCAGGCAGUUUAGGCAAGGCUAAGCACUGUUUAGGCAAGGCUUCUAACAGAGUGCAAUCCCUGUGGAGAUCCAUUGGGUGUGCAAGGAAAUGAAAAAACCCCCAAACCAUUCUAAUCAAAUUGUCAAUACUAACUUUCAGUGUCAUGAAUACUCCUCACCGCUGCUUUGACACCCGGGUUCUUUUAUUCAGUUAAUCAAGAAGGUGGGACCUGGCAGGUACGAGGUUAGGGAAGCCUUGUAGACUGGAUCAGAAGAUGGAUUAUAGUCCAAAUUCCUGUUCUAGGUUUCUUUGUAAAUUUUUGAUUUUGUCCAGACAUCAGAGCAGAAGAGGCUCACCUGGCAGGGUAGAGCUGCUACAUUCCUGUUCCUGUAGGUGGGUUGCUGCUGCUUACCAUGAGGGACAGGAGUGAGACAGUGGAGAGGUCAGCAGGGUGCAAACACACUGGCAGGAACUCUGGAUUGAUUCAUCUGGUACAUUUGCACCAUGCCAAGUCCCCACAACUUGUCCCCUCCUCCUUUCCCUCCUGGAAAGCAAUAACAAAUUCACCUGCCAGCUCGGUCCCACCUGCUUCCAUAUCAGAAUAUAUGGUAUUUCUUCACAGCAGUUUUUCACAUGUGCAGCACAUUCCCAGUAUGGAUUUUCUACUUCUGCCUUCUUGCCCUUCCACAGUUAGGUUAUAUCACAGUAUUGCAAAAAUGCGGAGCUGUUUCUAGCCUACAUUCUCUGAAUUCACAUUUACUUCCUGAAGCGUUACUCAGCAGCCAGCUUUUUAUAUUGUGUUCUGUGUCCCUGGGGCAAAUGACGUUGUUCCUGUCAGCAACCAAAAACACUGCUCAUGUGGAGGCUUAAAAUGUAUUGUCAUUGAUAGAUUGAUGGCAGUUACCCAGAUUUUUAUUUUGGCACCCCCCCCUUUUAUUUUGUGAUAAAGCUGUAUCCUCCUUUGAUUAACAAUACCAUUUGGAAAAAGAUUCUCAUUAUUUUCCAUUGACUUCACCUGACAGACUAGUUCUAGAGAGCAAGUAUGAAGUUUUCUUCCAAGAAAUACCAUUUUUAAACUAAGCAUUGGCAAGUGCACAGAUGCAGGGCAAAAUUUAUUGGGGGGUGGGAAUGUAAGAUUAUUGUGUGUGCUGAUUCAUGUUAUAUCAAAGUUGAUAAGAAGAGUCAGAAGCAGGAUGUUUUAAGGUAGGAAUUUAUGAUGCUAUAUAUUUCUAGUAUAAAUCUGUUAGUUGUAUUAUAGUCAAGAAAAUACAAGUCUCAGGAAAGAUUUAUCUAUUCACACCAGGUAUUAGAAAAAAUAGGUUGCCUUUGCAUAGAUAUUAAACUAAAAUUUGAAACAACUAGAUAGGUGCACUAAGACAAUGCUGAACAUGUGAAAUACUUUUUAUUCCAAGUUUCUCAUUUGAGACUUGAAAUUCUAUAAUGUUGUAUGUUAGGGAUCCUGGGAGAUUGAGCGACAUCUUGCGACAGGAAACCUCUUUAAGGUUUUUUUCUACAGUCAAGCCGUAUGUAAAUUUUAUGAAAUACAGUGGUACCUCGGGUUACAUAUGCUUCAGGUUACAUAUGCUUCAAGUUACAGACUCCACUAACCCGGAAAUAUUACCUCGGGUUAAGAAUUUUGCUUCAGGAUGAGAACAGAAAUCGUGCUCUGGCGGCGCGGCAGCAAUAGGAGGCCCCAUUAGCUAAAGUGGUGCUUCAGGUUAAGAACAGUUUCAGGUUAAGUACGGACCUCCGGAACGAAUUAAGUACUUUACCUGAGGUACCACUGUAAAUAGGAAAGCAGAGCACUGUGCCAGAAACUCAGAGUUGUGUGAACUGGGGAACAAUAUUUUAUACCUCAGAAGAAGAUAAUGUUUUAGCUACGUUCCCAAGACCAGCCUUCCACAACCUGGUUCCUUCCACAUGUUUUGGAAUUUGCAACUCUCAUCAGUCCCUGCCAGCAUGGCCAAUAGCACGGGAGGAUCAUCGUCAUCAUCAUCAUCAUCAUUUUAAAUUUGUAUACCGUCUUUCUAUCUUACAAUACUCAAGGCGGUUUACAAGCUGAAGAAACAAAAAAUGUACAUCUUAUAACAAUCUAAUGCAAUACAAAAAUGUGAUAAUAAAACAUAACUUUAAAAUAGUCAACCUACAUCAAAAAAGUAACAUUCAACAAUCAUUAGAAUAGUAUGAAAUAAUAUCAACAUAUAAAAGUUAAACAGAAAUCCACUCAGCAGUUACGAUAAAUAAUAUGAUCGAUAAAACAACAGCAAGCCACAGUACGUAAAACAAUACAAUACACAUUGAGAAGCAGAGACUAGAGGGUAGAGCAAGGCAGGUGGAAAGAGGCCUUGCUUGAUGGAGUCUCUCCCCUCACAAUUCUUCCUUCAGGACCAGCUCCCUUAUGAGGACUCCUAGGGUCCCAUCCUAGGAUGGGAGCUGUAGUAAAAAAAAUCUUGAGUAUAUCAGGUUGGAGAAGGCUGAAGUAGGCUUUAACCCUUUUCAGGUAUUUAUUAGUGUGGAACAGGCUUCAACCUCAGCCCUCCAGAUGUUUUUGGCCUACAACUCCCACAAUCCCUAGCUUGCAGGGCCAGUGGUCAGGGAUGAUGGGAAUUGUAGUUUAAAAACAUCUGGAGGGCCGAGGUUGAGGAAGCCUGGUGUAGAAUGAGAGUCUAUGAAGGAAGUGGCUCAAUGCAGCACUUAGGUUGGAGAUGGUCUAUUUUCUGGUCAUGUUGAUACUAUACAUUUUAAAUGCCAUUAUACCACUUUAAACAAUCUUUACUUGCUCAAAACAAUAUGGGAGCUAGGGUGUUGAGAGUUGUUAAGGGACCCCCAUUACUCUCACACAGAGCUACAAUUCUCAUAGUUCCUUGUGAAGAGACCUAGACUGUUAAGGUACUCUAUAAACUGUAGCUCUGUGAAGGGAACUGGGAGUGUCUUAAAAAUUCCCAGGAGUCAGGACCCUUAACAAACUACAGUUCCCAUAAUUAUUUGGGGGAAGCCAUGACUGUUUAAAGUGGUAUGAUACUGCUUUAAAGAUAUGGUGCAAAUGUGGCAUCUCUCUAUUUCAUCAUUUGCCCACCUGGGGGCAGGAGUCGGGGAAUUGGGACAUUCUGAAAUAGGGAGGAGAAGCAGAAUGAAGCCAUUUCAGAGAGAAGGGGGAAGUGCUUAUAAUUGUAAAAGUUGUAGACGUCUUCUUUCUCUCCCCCCCCCCCCCGUCCAUUAUAAAGCUCACUCCCAAACCACUUUGGGCAGCGGAUCCAAUAACUACCCCAAUUCGCCACACACAACAACAACAACAACAAAGACUUUAUUUGCGUAGCCAACAGGCCAUAGCAUCAAAGGACAAACACCGACAAAAGUACAUUACAAAUAUAGUUACCGUAUAAUCUUAUGGCCUAUUAAAACCCUAGGUAAAAGCUGGAUUAUCAUUCAUCAAUGAUCCUCUGUCCCAUGGGUGGCGGCCUUUUCUCUGGUAUAUUAUUCCAGGUCGGUUAAGUAAAUAGACCAGCCAAAUUGAAAGAUUAUAAAUAUAAAUGGUCAGGGCAGGGAGGGAGAUAAUAAUAACCAGAUGCAGAUAAGUUAGUGCUCUCAGUACUUAAAACUUGGCAGAGAUAAUAAAAUACUAAUAAUAAAACAUAAUGAUAAUAAUGAUAGGAUCCUAAGCAAGAAAUCCGGAUGACGACACUGAUGUCAUUCAGAUGGCAGCUCUCAGUCUCAUUGCUCUCUCGAUAAACAGCUGUCGAGCUGUUCUGGUCGGCUAGGAGUGAGAACAAUUUGGCUUCACAAGAGCGGCCCGGGAUGGCAGAUAGGAGUGGCGUGAUGGUCUCGUCCACACACAAAUGGGUUGGAUAAUUGGGACAUCUCUUUUGAUCUUCUUUUAAACUAGAAUUCAGUCACAGCUCAUUAUAAUGAGCAUGCCAAGCUUGGGCUAGACCUGCCCCCAUGGUGUUCAUCACCAUCGUUAUCAUCAUCGUACUAAUUAUAUUUUAUUAUAUUAAUUACAUGCAUGCCAAAAUGGCUUCCAGGCGGUUUACACAUAUAAAGUCAAUUGUAACAACAUACAUAAUUGAAAUACACAAUAAAGCAAUUGCAUCAAAGCAUUAAAAACAGCCAUAAUUAAAACCUACCAGCACCCAUAGUUGAGUAGAACAUAUGCAAAUUGCAAGGUAUUAUUAGUGAUAGAGCACUUCUUCAUUUGAGAACACAUUAUUAUUUGUGAUUGGCACCUAGUGAGCAUUUUACUCACUUCUCACUUACCUGUAACUCACCUGUAAUCAGUGUGAUGGCACUAUAGGACCCCUGAUAGCACCGUGACUUUACUUCAGAAGCUUGCCAUUUAUCUUGUGUUUUUUAAAGUCCAUUAACUGCAUUUAUAUGGAAACACAAUGUAUUCAGUACCCAGGACAAAUUGCAAGGGGAAGAUUCAAGCUGGUUUCUUUAACAGCAGAAAGGGCAAUUUGUCUCUGUGACCUUAUAAAACAAACAAGUUGCUGUUUUUCGCUUCUUAAAGAAAAAGAAAAAAUCCCAUUUGUUUCUGCCGAAAACAAGGAAAAGUAGUGGGAGGAACUCUGCAAUAUCUUGAUCUUUUAAGACUUUUACUCUUUGACUAUUCUAAACUUUGAAAAUAUUACCCAAAUCAAAUUCACCUCUCCCAAUAUUUUUAGUGGGUGGUGGGUGGGGUAGAACUUGUAAUCAAAACUUUCAGAAUAAAAAUGAUAAUGUAUCUAUAUGCUGUAUGUGUAUGUCUCACUUUGACAUCUUUUUAUGAUUUCAUUGUUAUGGUUUUAAUUUUCUCCUUUUCUUGCUUCAGAUUAUAAGUAUUUUGAAAUUUGUUUUGUUUUUAUUCUGUUAUAAGACUAUUUGGGCAAGGUUUGUCACCUUAUGUGUAAAGGCAGUGUAUUUGGUGAAUAUUUGGAAACAACAGGGUCUUGACCUAACCCACUGACAAAACACCAUUGGAUUGCCCUUAAUCAGUUGCCCCUAUUCACUGGAAAGGUACGUGAAGAGUGCUUUAUCAGGGAUAAUCCAUAUGCCAGCAUGGUUCUUUGUACUGAGGAAACCCUGUUCAUCAUGCCUGGCUCCCGAUAGCAUGGAAACUGGCAUGUGAACAGCUGCUUGCUUGUAGACUUUGCCAAUGUAGAUGUAUAUGCCAAAUGCAUGGCUAUCUAGAGAGGGGGCCAGUCACAUAUUCACAUUCCCUCAAAAUUGUAUAAAGCACACUUCCUGUGAUUAAAGACUGAUGGCAUCUCCCUUGUUCUGAAUCAAGUCCAGCUUCAUGAUUCAUUAGAUCCAAGCUGAAGGGAACCCAUCAAUAUCUUUUGUAGAAGUAUGUGGUGGAAAGAGCUAUCAGGACAUGCAAAAGCCAUUGGUUGCAUCCAAUGACCAGGGGUGGCCCAUCCCACUUCACUGCCCAGGGUGAAACAGGAAAGUGUCACUCCCCCUUCUACUGCCCUCCCCACUGGGAAACCUCUGUAGACCCACUAAAAUCACUAGCCCUAAGUCAUCACCAUUAAUUUAAAUGGAUUUACACUGAGUAAAAGUCAGUUGACUACAACAUCAUUAUUAUUGUCACCACUGAUGUGUAAUGCCCAAUGCUUUUUCUUCAAAAAAAAAAUGUUUAGAGGUACUCUCAUUUUCCUACUCAUAUUGAAAUACUGCCCCUCACUGAAGCCAAACUUAGAUUCAAAAAUAUUUAGGGGUAUGCAUACCCCUGUGUCCUCCCAGAAAAUAGCACUGGUAAUGUCUAAUGUAAAAUAUUAAAAAUACAUUUUAAACAAUAUUCCAUCAGUAUCAAAUAACAUUUAAUAAUGAGUAUAAUGACAUUAGGAGAUCAUUUUCAACACAAAUAAAUUGGAUUACAAAUCGCAAAGUCGCCAUCUUCUAUUACCUUUUAAAGUGAGCCAACUUAUUGAAAUAGGAGUUAUGCUUUAAUUAAAAGUAAAAUGAAAUAUAGAUAUCCAUGACUUUGAUUCAGAGAAGACUUGUGCAGAUACUUAAUUAGAACUCAGCGAACAUUCUUAACUUUUGUAAAAUAGACCUGAAAACAAUUAACAUCGAAGUAUUAUGAGAUGGACUUUCCUAGUUGAAUAUUAGAGUACAGAUCUUCAAGGUUAGGUUUUCCAGCCUAAAUUCAAAUACCAAUUAAGGUGGUAACAGAAUCAGAAGCCUACAAAUAUGGCGUUGUGUCAUACCUUUGUUGAUCUACAAUGCAUUUGGAAUUAGAUUCAAUUCCUUUUUAAAUGUUUGGUGUCUUGGGAUAUUGGUUGACAUAAUACUUAACAGUGAUCUGGAAUUGGGAGAGGACAGGGUCAGCCAUCAUCAUAAUCAUCAUCCCUUCUUCCCAAAGGAACCUAGGGCAACAAACAUACUUACAAAACAGAAAAACAAUUUAAAUCCAUCUAAAAAUAUUUAGAAAACCUAAAAACACUUAAACAUACCCUCACAGUUGCUAAUUUUAAGGUUCCUAUGACCAGUAUCAGGCAUCAGAUGCCUGGGUGCUGCUGAAAUUUGAGAGCCUAAAGUCCACCAUUGGCCCUAAUUAAACACUAUACAGUACUAUCUGUGCUCAAGUGUUGCAGAACUGGCCAUGAGUAGUCAAGUAUUGGAACAAGGGAAAAUAUUCAGGAAGAGUUGAGUAUAUCUCAUUUAGGACUUUUCUGCAUGGUUAACUUGAAGAAGUCUCGAUUUGAAAUUGCUGCAGAAAUGACACGAGAGCACAUUUGAUUCUUUUGCUAUGUUUCUGACUCCUGUCAGGAGGCAAAGGAAUCUUUCAAUUCUCCCUGCAUAGUCUUCUCUGACACAUACUUAUUCUGUUAUGCUAUAUCUAUGAUUUGGCUUAGUGGGGAAAUGCACUGUUAAGACAAACUCCCUGCUUCCAGUUUCUACUGACAAAAUUGAUUUCCGAUGGGAAGUCUUACUUGGGUGGGUGAAAUAUUGCCUAUGGGCCACUUUUCCCCUUGCUUUGUCUUGGAGAAGUUUAGGUGCUGGGCUAGAGUAAGCCCUAAAGAGAAACCAAAUAAUUAUAAGAGACUGCAUGCUGAAUAGUAUUUUGCUUGCCAUGGAAAUUGAUUCAGGGGAGAAUGAGACCCUAAGGGGUCCAUUGCAAGAGCUUGUUAGAGAGUAGUUUUUUUCCUCUUGUGAAAGAGAGACAGUAGGAGCCUGCCAUUACACAUCUUGGAAUGAAAACUGAUAUGGCAGGAAAUGCCUGUAGCUUAUGUGGAGAGAAAUUAGGAAUGCAGUGGUUAAGAAGAUGGAAGUAAAUUGGUAGGCCAUUUGAACAGGGUUCUUGGAACUUGCAGUCCUUCAUGGCUGGCUUGAGGGUUUGAUGCAAUACUGUUGGGUGACCAUAUGCUUGUAUGAAUAUAUUCUGCACUUAAUCCCAACAUAAGAAGAGCCUGCUGAAUCAGGCCAAUGGCCUAUCUAGUCCAGCAUCCUGUGGCCAGCCAGAUGCCUGUGGGAAACCCUCAAAGAGAAUCUGAGCAUAAGAGCACUCCGCACUCCUGUAGCCUCCAGCAACUAGUAUUCAGAAGCAUUACUAUGUACAGCUGUGGUGACAGAGCGUAGCCAUCAUGGCUACUGCCACUGGUAGCCUUAUCCUCCUUGAAUUUCCCCAAUCCUCUUUUAAUGCCCCCCAGAUUGAUGGCCUUCAUGGCGUCCUGUGGGAGAGAGUUCAAUCAUUUAAUGUGCACUCUGUGAAGAACCACUUCAACUUUUGUUGUUUUUUUUAAAUGAUAUUUAUUGAAAAAUUUUUAGAAUUACAGAAAAAAACACAGCAGAAAAAGAAAAAAAAACAAAGAAAAAACAAACCACAUCAAACAUUGUAAAUUCAAAAAAACAAAGAUACACCACAAACAGAUAAAAACAAAUCCAUCAUUCUCGAAUCCUCAACUUUCAUUACCUUCUUUCUUUGACCUCCUCCUCCUCCCUUUUUUUGUAUCCUAGUUAUUAAUUAUCACAGCAAAUCCUUUCCAUAUUUCAUAAUGUUCUGUCAUUACAUUACCUUAAUCUAUUUUCAUCUUAUCUUAUAGAAAACCUUAAAACUUAAAACUUAACUCUUAUUUUUGCCAACUUCUCAUAACCAUAAUAUUCUUACCUAAUUCUUUAGACAUUUUUGCUAGAGCCAAGUAAUUUUGUUCCAACAUUUUUCUAACAUUCAUUGAUUUUAUAAAACAAUCCUAGUAAUAAAAAGAAAGAAAUAAAAACAAUCCAAUCUUCAUCCAGCGUCCCUUCCUCCUGGUCCCGGGUUUUGUCAGUCCUCUUUAUCCCAUUGAUCUAGCGCAUUAACCUGGUAACCUUAUAUCCGAGGCCCUUAAGUCUCUUCCAUGUCCCUUCUGCAGCUCUUCUUCAUAUUCUCCUUUCACACAUGGGAACUCCAGCUUGGUAAUGUUUUUGACCCUUUUCAACAAAUCAGCCCCUUUUCCAAAGUCCAGACUAAACUCCAUGUGGUAUUUAAAAACAUGUUUCAGAAUCUCUCCAAGAUUAAGAGCCCCCACAGCCCCAAACAUCUCACGGCCCAUUGCCAGACUUGGAAAGUCCAAACAUCCCUGCAUAGGGGGGUCUAUCCAACCCCCCAUUUCCAAACCAGUCCAAACCUUAUCUUUCCAAAUCUGGCUUUUCCAAGUUCAUUUGUCAAAUCCAAAAGCUCAUGUUCCUGCAGGGCCACAGCUCCCUCCAUCUCUGGCGCCCAAGAUUCAGCAACAUCCUCUUCUCUCAUCUGUUCUGUCAGGGCACACUCCUGGUUUAAUUCCUGGGUGGGCUCCACAUAGUUUCCCACUGCCUGUUCAAAAAUUCUGACCGCAUUAGUCAUCAAAUCAGUAUUCUCAUUUAACUGUUCCAGUAGGGCAUUUGUUUUACAGAGAGCACACAACAGAGCUUCUGAAUACAUUGUCCUACAAGGUCACAAGUCUAUUUCCACGAUUGUAAUCUGUAACAGCUGCAAGCUCCCUGAAAUUAGUUACAGUUUCACAGUCUCCCUCUAGGGGGAAAACUUCUAUUUGUUCUUUCUUUUAAGGACGAAUCUAGCAACAAGGUUUCCUUUUUGAGAUAUUUUGUCAAUAUUUGUUCCUUUAAAAUGCGAAAGGGAACAGUGGAAUCACUAUGUUUCUCUUCUUUUAGCUAUCUGUCAAAAGCGUUUGUCUCUGGUCAAUGAGCUUCAAACGUCAGUCCUGACACCCCGCUCCAGGAUCAGGACGGUGGAAAGUUACUUUACUUUAAACUCACUUCUGCAGGUUUAAACAGUCCGAAAAGAUCCCCUUCUUCGUCUGCUUCCGAAGGGGGGUUCAACAAUUUUAAAUGAUGAAAGUUAAUCUUUUAGAAGCGAUUUUCUGAGCUCUAGUUUACGUUGUCUUUGCUUUAUUCUGUCUACAAAGAAACGGAAGGCUGACUUCCUGUUUAGACCUUCCCGUUUCAGUGCCAAAUUGAAGUAAAUUUUUAAGUCCAAUUCCUUUCUGCUCGCAAGUCCUUAUUUAAAGUCCAAUUGUCCGAAAUUUAAGUACUCACGGGUGAUUAUUUUAGAAGCCAAAUUGUCCCAGGAAAAAGGCAGCGCUCUCUGGCAACGGCUAUGCGGCUUCGCUCCACGGAAAAAGCAGUUGACUCUCAGCACCGCACCACUUUCCCCUCUUUGCUUCGGAGCCCGUUAGUGGGUUCCUUUGCGGGUUGGGGGGGCGCUAAGGGUGCCCGCCGAGUCCCAUGGUCACAGGCUUCAUCUGCCUGUGAUUUUUAAAAGGGUCCCCACUUCGCCGUAGCGGAAAAGACCCGUUUCGCGCGGAGCUAGUCCCUCCGGAUCAGAGGGAGUCCGCCAUUGCCGAUGGCGCCACCCCGGAAGUUUGAACCACUUCAACUUUUGUUUCCUGAAUCUUGCAACAUGCAAUUGAAUUGGGUAUCCAUCAGUUCUAGUGUUACAAGAGAGAUAUGGGGUUAAAAAAAACCCUUUUCUCUAUCCACUUUUUCAGUUCCAUACAUAAAUUUAUAAUCACUUCCUGUUACAAGCAGAUACUUGAUUCUAGAUGGGUGUGUUUAGUUACUACCUGGAAGGUCACAUGAGAGCGACAUAAAACUCUCAUCAACACAAUGUAAAGUGGUACAAUGUUGUCUUGACUGAAUUAUGAAGAAUAAAUAUUGCUUUUAUGCCUUCAGGAGGUCCUUGGCUGGCAUUAUUGGCUGGCCAUUUCAGUGGAAGUGUUGACUAGAUCUGCAAAGGACAUGCUGUCCUAAUUGGUUAGCACUUGCUAGUGAAAAUUUCAAGUCAAAGGUAACAGUGAGAGGACAAUUCUGGUAAUGGGGAGGAGGCUAGGCUGCUUGAUGCAAAUGGAAGAAGAGAAAACUAAUUAUAGAACAAUAUUUUCAGGAAGAGAUGGCAGACCCGUAGGGAACUGUUGGUGUUUAGACUUAAAACUUUCAGCAGAAACUGAAAUGAAUACGGAAUCCCUGUAUCACUUUAACCUGGAUAUAUUCACAGAGAGACUCUGUAAAAUAAGAAAACAACAUUUAUUACAAGGAAUACAUGCUUUAUAGGAAAGAUCCUAGUUCUGUCUAACUCAAGUGGAGAUGCCUUGAACUUUGCUUGUUUGUGCAUCUCAGUGGGAGAUACAAAAAAAGAAGUCUCCUCUUCCAAGAUGAGGAUGAAGAUGAAGAGACUAAGAAAAGAGGCCAGCAACCCUAAGAGAUUACCCAAAGGAAUGUCGGCAUAGGUUAGGUCAGAAAGGGCAGGCCAGGAAACUUGGAGGUUCCUCUAUCUACCCUUUCUAAUGCAGAUAAAUUAGCCUCCAGUGCAAGUUGAGUUGCAUCCCAGCAAUCCAGAAGAAAGGAACCUCAAUAUUUGUGGUGCUACUUGGUCUUACAAUUGGGUUUCUUUUCUGUUUCCAGGUAUCUUCUCAUCUUCAUUUUUCCACUAUGCAUUUUCAGAUUUUAAGUUUUAAUAGUACCUAUUGCUACUGAUCUAUGAUUGAGUGCAACCAUUUCCUUCUGUGUGCCUUUUAUAUACUUAGACCAUUGUCAAUAAGGGUUGGAAGAAUCUUACUUUCAGCAUCUGUAUUCUAAGAAGCUUUGGCUCCUAAUGUACAAAACAGAAAUAAGUUUUGUAAUGAUUUCUGACAAAUAGUCCUUCCAUUCAUAGAGCAAGGGAUAAUAAAUUUCCCCUUUUCUACUGAAGCCUCAGAACAUAUCUAUAUGUUUCCCUACAGAGUCACAUUUACGACAAAGCACACCCUUCUUUCUGGGUGAUGGGAUCUAUAAUUAUCCCCAAAGUGAGAGCAGAGGUUAUAUAUUUGCUUCCAUUUCUUUUUCUUCCUACCCAAUUCAUGCCAUUUCCCUAUCAAGCCUCUUUCAACUGAGGUCUUAAACUCCUGCAGACUAAGUGGCAUUUCUUUCUUUCAAACCCAGUUUAUGUCAUGGUUUGAUGACCUUAGCCCAGUUGUACCUAUAUUUCCCUCUCAUUAUCUACCUGACAGCUGCCUUUGCUGCUAGGUCCAGAUUUUAACCUAGGUGGCAAAUUACAAGACUAAAAUUAGAAUUCAGUAUUGUAAAGGUUCUUUGCAGUCCAGAUGAAUUUGCUGCAGUUUCAAAUACUUGACCAAGAACUAGGGAGAGGCAGUUAUUUUAUUCCUUUGUUUGGUUUGCAUCGCUUCCAAAACGGGGCCCUUUGAGACCCUAUCUAGAUUCUGGAUCAAAAUCAUCACUACUCUGGACAUAUUCUGAUUCUCAAUUUGAUAAUGCUAAUGUUACAAUGCAGAUGAACCUGAAAAUUACUUACAUAGCUCCAGAUCCCACAAAUCAACAUUUGAUCCACAGUGCCCAAAAGCAUGAAAGGUAAAACCGCAUACUUGCCUUACUAGAAAAGGCAGAAAACCAAAUCUGAAGAAUGUGAUCCCUGACCAAACACUAAACACAGAUAAACAAACUGAAGUCUAGAUCAUAGUAUCAUAGAUUUGUAGAGUUGGAAGGGAUCUCAAGGGUCAUCUAGUCCAACUCCAUGCAAUGCAGGAUUCUCAACAUUUGCAUCCAUGACAGUUGGCCAUCCAACCUCUGCUUUAAAAUUUCCAAUGCAGGAGAGUCCACCACCAACCGAGAGAGAUCGUUCCACUGUCUAACAGCUCUUACUGUGAGAAAGAUCUUCUUGGUGUUCAGUCAGAAUCUCCUUUCUUGUAACUUGAAACCACUGGUCCAGAUCCUAGGCUCUGGGGCAGGAGAAAACAAGCUUGUUCCCUCUUCCAUGUGACAGCCCUUUAGAUAUUUGAAGAUGGCUAUCAUAUCUCCUCUCAGUCUCCUCUUUCCCAGACUAAACAUACCAACUCCCUGAAUUCUUCCUCAUAAGGCUUGGUUUCCAGAAACAAGAAUCUCAGGGUCUCAAAUGUCGUUGAUGCCCCGUGUGAUACCAAGAUUCAGCGGCACCUGCCUCUUACCUUCUAUUAUAGAUCAUAGUUGUGAUUCCCCCUAGGACGCCCCUAAGGUUUUGUGCCCAGGGCAACCAAACCAGUCAUGCUCCCCUAUAUUCACCAUUUUGAUACUCCAAAAUCAUCACUUGGGGGAGAAAUGAGAGUCCAUGGGAAGAUUGUUUAUCAUAUAUGAUUAUUUUCUGUAUUGUUGCAUAUUACUUGCCUGCUGCAGGACAGUGAAGUGCCAUCUGCCAUCAAUCUAUAAGUCUUUCAAGGGAGACAGGCUGAUUGAAUUUCUUCAAAGUCCACAUGCAUAAUUUCUAACUCUAUCUGGUUUGUAUUCUCAGCAGUAGGGGAGGAGAAAGUUUGCCAAUGAGGAUCACAGUUAGCAUUCAAAUGUCAUUUAGAGAAGAUGGCAGUGAUUUCCUGUGUGGCUAAAGCUAGUUUUAUUUACUAUAAAAAGAAAGCUGAGCUGAAUGACUUUCAGGACUAGUGUGAUAAACAUGGUCUUAGUGGUAAUAAGCCUUUAUCAGCUAAUUGCAUUAUAACUAAAUAAACACAGAAAUAUUAUUCACAUAUUGACAAAAAUGGUGUAAAUAUGUUGGAGAAUGUAUUAGCUCAGAUUACAUGGGGAAAUGAAUCCUACAUGUGCCCUUUAAGGAGAAGGCAUUCCAGGAUAUGCCAUACUUGCAGAAUAUCAGAAGCAAGGUGACAUGUGAAAACUUGGAUUUUUAAAAAGUCAUUGUAAGCAUAUAUGUACAAAUUUCUACCACUACAUUUGCAUGAUUUUAGUCCAUUUAAUAACACAUCACUUGAAAUCUAACAUGGAGGAAACAGAACUGUUUAUUUUUUGAAGCAUGUUUCUAUAAAGAUGCACAUGGUUGGGUGUGGGUGUGUGGGUGUGGGUGUUUUAAUCCUGGUACACUGACGUCUUAUAGCCUCAAGCCAAAACAAACAACACCAACACUAACAAGAAUUGCAAUGCAAGUCUAAACAUUCUUACUCUAAGUAAUCAGCACAAUUCUUACCAUAUCUACUCAUUUUUAACGACUAUGAGAUUCACUGAGGCUUAGGACUGCAACCUUCAUCAACCUAUGUUCAAAGACACAGCACUGGCAGAAACCUUAACCUUCUGUACCAUAUUUUUCCUAGGACUGAUUCAAAGACCCAGAAUAAAUCACUGCAGAAUAAACAGAAAAAAGCAUCCACUCUCUUUCAACAGUGAUAGAAAGGAAUGUGCGUAUAGGCUGAUCAACCUCAGUGUCUCAGAAUUCCUACAAUAAUCUUCCAGUUCUGCUCCAUCGUGGUGUUACCACUAGAAGGGUUGCUUUCUUCUUCCAUUCUUUUGUUUGUGGCUUUUUGCGCUUCGAGGCCUCCAAGACCCUCCCCUGUAAAUAACUUUACAUGGAUACAUAUUUUAGUUUAAGUUAUUGGGCAAAAUUUUAGGCCACUAUUUUAUUGAUUACAGCAAAGUAAGCGGUAUUGGCUUAGGCAUUGGCAACAGACUAUAACUCUCUGACUGGUAGUCUGAAAGGGUAAACACCAAACGAGGGACAUCGAUGAAGACCAACCGAAGCUCACCCUGGGGUUCCUGUGGUCCUGGCAUGGUCCUAGCCCCUCAAGCGGACUUCGGACGAGAUCCAGGACUCCCAGAUUCCUUUACUGAAAUACCCUAUUCCUGGAGGGGCAGGUGAUGACUGCACCUCCUCUCCCCCACAUUUCAAUAAGCCAAUGCCUAACCGCCAUACCUUACAAAGUUGUGACAAUUGCUGAGGGGGUAGGCGAAAACCAAGUGGCUAUAGCCAAUCUGCCAAAUGGAAAAAUUCCUACCCAGCCCAUGUUCCAAAACAGGCGACCCAAUGCAAAGCAAGGCCAAAGCAGCAACACCUAACAUUAAGGAGGGAGGGCGAGUGCCUAGCAGUGCGAAGCAAGUGCCCCAAAUUAUGUCACGCUGUCGCUUUUAUAGACCCCGAGAAUCAUGCUGCCUCACGUAAUUGGUCCAAACAGCCUGGCGUUAUCCCGGGGCCAAAAUGCUAAGUCUUAGGCUACACCCCUAAAUAAUUAACCCUGCAGGGGUGUCCUAGGGGCCCUCACGCUACCAGGACCCUCAUAAGGAGGAUCCCAUUUAUCUCUCAAGUCCUUAUCCAUGCUCUGGUCAACACUCAGACUCUUCUAUGUGCUGUUUUCUCUCCCAAUGGUCUUCUUAGUUAACUCAGGAUUCAUUGACUAGACUCAACUUUCUCUUCCAUUGGGUAAGCCCAUCAGUCUCUUAUUCAGUCUCUAUGAUUCUAAGCAGGACCAGCCCAAGACAUUUUGCUGCCUGAGACAAAGAACAAGAUAUUGAGUCAAUGUGCCCUCUUUUUUCAUGACAGAUCCUCUUUUUCAAGGGUAAAAUUUGAGUCAAAUUGCAUUUAUUUGCUUUGAAUGGCCGUCAUAGCGUCCUCUUUUUUGCUCUGCAAAAUAUGGCAACCUUAAUGUUCAGAAACUAACCAAUCUGGCAAUUGAAUCCUUUUUUUACACUGGCUAAAGGGAACAGUAUCCUCAAAUCCACCUAAGAGCAGCAAUCUAGCACAAAGGGUACAGGCCAGGCCAUGUAGCACACACAGCUCUAUCCCUCACCCCUCAGCAUUUGCUGCCUGAGGUGCCUGACUCCUCUGUCUUACAGUAGGGCCAUCCAUGAUUCUUAGAGCUUUGAAGUUAGAAGGUUCCACCACAAAUAAUAUCCCUAACAUAGGGAGCCUCAUUUGCCACACCAUUAAUUUUUUAACCCAGUGUGUGACUCACAGGAAAGACAGCUGCUAUUCAGAAAAAUAAAAUUAUGUUGGAUGUGAGCCAGCCUAGAGGAACACUCUGGUUUGUGAGCCCCAUCAUUCCUUUAUUCUAUUGCUCUAAACAAGUCAAUUUACUAUAAUUCAGUGCUGCUACCCUCUCCCACUUACAUCCUUGAGUGUUCAUGCGUUGUGUGGUUUCCUGCACCUAGAACAGUUUGUCUUUCUUUUUGUUGAUCAAGUCACUUCCUUCAUGUUCUUUCCAUUCCUUUCAGAAUACAUUAUUAAGGAAACAGACAAAAGAAAUCUGGGACUACUUACUAAAACGUUAGAAAAGAACCGGAGUGGAUAUGUUUUAGUCAAUAAUUUUAUAACAGAGAGUGACUAUGUAAAAGCAUUCAUAAGAACUUGGUGUGUCAGACCAUUUCCCUCAACAAAUUAGAAGAUACGGGAAAGGUAAAAGAGGAAGAAAAGGGGAACUGCAGCUCUAGCUUUGUGUGUGUGUCAACUUGAAGAAGGGCAGGCUGUUCUUGCUAUUUUGAAGGCCAAAUAACUCCGCUCAACAACAAAUAGCAAUCAGAAUGUAUUAUUUUGUAUGAUGUAUCACAAUUCCGGACUUAUGAAAAGAGUGUUAUUAAAAAUGUAUGCAGCAACUGUGCAUCUUUCAAUUAAGAUUUAACUAAGCCAAGUCUUCACAAGUUAGGAGACAUUAGGCAGAAAUGUGAAGUAUCAUUUGUAAAAACCAAUCCGCAAAACAAAACAAAGGCAUCUUUGCACUUAGUCCCCUGGUGAGGAAAAAGAAUGGCUAGCUGAGUAAAUUGGUGAGUCAGUUAAAGAAAAAUCAGAGUAAGACGAUAUACAAUUAUAUUCCAAAACUUUUUCUUCUGCAGCCACUUUCUUCUGGCAGCCACUUCCCCACCCAGAAUACAAUGUGAGUUAAACUGGUUUCUGCCACAUAGCUGUUAUUGUUUUUACUGACAGACCAAGUACGGUUUUAUGGCUGCUGGUGAAGGAGGUUUUAUUUAUGCUACAAUGACCUGCUGGUCCUCCUGGUUAAAGAUUGGUUGUCACAGCUGUAUAGGCUGGCUGAUGCAGUAUAUGUCCAACAGAAAUGAAGAGAAUCCUCAGGUAAGCACCCUUAAGCAAGUGUUAAGGUGAAGGAAAACUUCUUCAGAUCUGCCCCAUCAAAGUUAUGAGAUUGGAAGGGCCUUCCUGGCUCAUUCAUGCAAAGCUGUGAGACUCAUGUGGUGGUGGUGAGGGCUUUGAAGGGGCAUAUAUAGGACAAAGAUGAACUACUAACCCUAAGCCAGGGGGGCUCUAUCCUCCCCAAAAAUGCUGCAGAAGAAGGAAAACACUUUCAUCUAUGUUCAAUUUCAAUAAAGUUCUUGUUCAUUCAAACUCAAGCUAUAAGCUCUACACUUGGGAGUCAAAACCUUCUUGUUAUAUAUGAUAGUUUGCAUCUAUUAGCUUACAUACACACACACUGAAAUAAAUGAGUAUAUUAAUUCCUACCUUUCUUUGAAACAAUGACAAUUGAAAACCAUUGGAAUGGAGAAACUUUAGAAUCAGACCUCAAUUAUGCCUUAGAUCACUGCUCUGGAAGCAGCUUGAACAUCAAGAUCCCUGUGAAAUGAGUUUAAACGCGCACACACACCCCAAUAAUUUUUAUUGUUUUUUAAACAAAUACAAGAAUCAUUAAACACUUAUCCAGCAAUACAUCUAGUGACAUUUGUUCCAUCCAUUGACUUUAGACAUAAGCUUACACAUUCAGUGUUCAAGUAUAUUAUGUAACGUAACUUUUCUACUGAGAAGUGGUUGGCAUAGCAAGAUAUUUUCCAAGAAAUGUGGACACUGAGGUUUCCACAGAAUCCGAUAUCCUCAUUAGGGAUCACAGGAGUCCUGCGAGCUAUGUUUCCCUUGCCUCAUGGCACUUGAAAUGUAGAUGUUGACAGUGCCCCAGGAACUUAGAAAUGUAUCCUAAUGUCUGUAGGGUAAGACUAUUCCCUGGGGAUUCUGGUAAUGGGAUGCUGCUGAAACAACCUUGUAGGGUUACAUGAUCCCUCUAUAAAGUCAAUGCAUUGUAAGGUUUGAUUAGAAAUGUUUGCACAGUGGUAGGGUGGGUGGACAUUGCUAGGUGACCCCAUUGCAGCUAAACAUGGCACUUAGAUUGUUUGGCUCCAGUCUGAAGGCUUGGAAAGGUGGAAGAUGUGCAUUCUCAUUCCAAGCCCCUGCUUUGAAAUCUGAUGCUGCCAUUAGCUUGAAUCAGUUUGUGCCUAUGACCUUAGUCAAACGUGUGCAAAUAUAUGCCUUCAUAGCCUGUAGAUUUUUUUUUUUAAGUACAACAACUUUUGUUUUGCAGAGAACUUAAUGAACUGUUGUACCUUUGUCUUGUACUUUUCAUCGACACAUCUGCAUUAAGUUUAAUGACUCGCUCAGCUGUGCUUCUCUUUGGAGUAUUUCUUUAUGACUUUUCAAAGUACAAACUUCUCGUUGCUUGACUGAUUAACCCAUUAUGCUGCCGCUCAGCGAGGUUAUUAUCUAAUUCCAGAGGGCUGAUGUCUAUUGAGUUUUUAACAGAUGGAAAACAAUAGGAUAUAGGAAACAAAUAUAGAUGAACUACAGGGUAAUCUGCUCUUUACUCUUUCAUGCCGGAUGUUUCUACUUCCUAGAAUAAAUUGGAAGCAAAAGCUAGUCUUCCCAUGGUGCACGCAUAAUGAAGUUCUCCAGAGAUGCAAGGAUGAAGUAGCACUCCCACUAAGGUGGUGCAUCUUGCAUUUGCUUAAAAAAGCCUUCUCUGUUAAAAGCACACAGGGCACCGGUAUGCAGGGACGUCUUUCUGUCAGUCUAUCUAUUACCUAUCGAUCAUCUAUCUAUCAUCUAUAUCUAUCUAUCAUCUAUCUAUCUAUCUAUCUAUCUAUCUAUCUAAUCUAUCAUCUAUCUAUCUGUCGUCUAUCCAAUCUUUUACUUCAGCUUUCCCCACCAUUUGAUGUUCAGUUCCUUGGAUUUUUUUUCUUUUUUCUUUCCAGGGUAG